AUGUCUAGUCAUCAUGGUCAUCAUGCGGAUCCAAUACUCCCAGUCAACAGUAGUGAUGUAAGCAUCACGGAGAAUUAUGAGGAAAUAAGUUUUUUACCACCAAAUUCUCGUCAGGUAUUAAGAAUUGCUUUAAAUUUAAAAUACUUGAUUGAUAAAGCUAUUCCUAUUGCGUAUAACGAAGAGUUAGUAUUAUGUGAACAUUCCAGAAUUUUAAAUGCAAAUGUUAUCAGAUUAACAAGGGAAGCCUGUGGUGGAGACCCAUCAGACCCUCACAGUUUGAGAAAAUAUGAAUCAGUAUUGGUAUUUUCUCUAUUAAAAGUUGCUAAUUGGUAUGAUGAUUUAUCUUCUCAAGAAUUACAUAAUUCUGAACUAUAUAAUUUGCGUUCCACAGUAGCUCAACAAUUAUGUAAAAUUAUCAUUGAAGAGGAGGAAAGUGAGAAUUUAUACUUUAUGAUGUUAAACAUGUUAUUGCAUCGUUACACUAUUAAUGAAAAUGAGGUGGAUUCAGAGCCAACUAAUGCCUUGGAACUAGCUACCGAUAUGCAUUACACCAUUGUUAUUGGCUCAUCAGGUUUCCAAAGAUGUUUGAAUUGGUUAUGGAGAGGUUGGAUUGUUCAAAGUAGAAACGAUCCAACCAUUUUCAUUAAAGAAAAUUCCAUCUCUUCAACAUUAUUUUCAAGACAUUUCACUCCAGAAAGAAUUAAAACUCCACAAUAUCAAAAUAUCAUUCAAUUGUUAUUUUCCGUACUUUUCUUAUUAAUUUAUACAAUUAUUGUCAACACCAAGACAUCAGAUGAAAUUGAACCUAUCGAUAAAAUUGAAGCCUUUUUAUAUUUUUUCACAAUUGGUUAUAUUUUGGAUGAAUUCUUCAAAUUUUACUACAUUGGUAUGGCAUAUUUACAAUUUUGGAAUUGUUUCAAUGAUACAUUAUAUCUGAUAAUUAUAGUUUCCAUGAAUUUAAGAAUAAUAAGUAUUUAUUGGCCAAUGUCACCAGAUUCUACCUAUGAUAAUAAACAAUUAGAUGUAAUUUCAUAUAGAAUUCUGGCUUGUGCAGCACCUUUUAUUUGGUCCAGAUUAUUGUUAUACUUGGAAUCUGAAAGAUUUGUUGGUGCCAUGUUAGUUGUAUUGAAACAUAUGAUGAAGGAAUCAUUAAUAUUUUUCGUCUUACUUGGAUUAAUCAUGAUUGGGUUUUUACAAGGGUUUCUUGGUUUGGAUUCAGCUGAUGGGAAACGUGAAAUUACCACAUCUAUUUUAUCCAAUCUAAUUAUUACGGUGUUAGGAUCUGGUUCAUUUGAUGAAACAUUUGAUAAUUUUGCACCACCGUACGCAGGGAUCUUAUACUACGGUUAUUGUUUCAUUGUGACAACAAUAUUAUUGAACAUCUUGAUUGCAUUAUAUUCUAAUGCUUAUCAAAAAGUGUCUGAUAAUUCUGAUGAUGAAUAUAUGGCGUUGAUGUCACAAAAGAUAUUAAGAUUUAUUAGAGCACCCGAUGAGAAUGUAUUUGUUCCACCAUUAAAUUUAAUUGAAUUAUUUAUCUCUAAACCAGUGAUGAAAAUUUUAAUGGUUCCUGAUCAAUGGUACAAAAACUUAACCAAUUUCAUCAUGGUUAUUAUCUAUAGCCCAUUUUUGUUUUAUAUUUCUAUAAAGGAAAUUAAAAUUGCCAAGAGAGUUCAAUAUAAUCGUAUUAAGAAAUUACCAGAUGAUGCCAAUGAAAUUGAUGUCGCUUGGGAUUUAACUGAUGGUUACUUAGAUAAUGAUUCAAGUUUAAUUGGACUUGCUGAAGAAAGUAUGGCUAGUACAAGUAAUAGUACUACAGAUGUUACUGAAAAUGGUGCCACAAUCACUCGGGUUAGCCAUGCUGAGGAAUCUAUCAUCCAGGCCACCAAUUUGAGAAACAAUAUUGCCAUCAAGAUUCAAAGAGAAGCUGAAGCUGCUGAUCCAAAAUUUGGUAUCAACAAGACUAAAUGGUACAAGGGAAUCAACAAAGCCAUCCAACCAGUAGAAAAAGGUUAUGAAAAUGGUUGGGGUUGGGAGAAUUAUAAGUUAUAUGAGUCAUUAGAAGCCAAGAAUAAAGUUACUGAAAAGAAAAUCGAUGAAUUGAAUAAAACAAUUGUACAAUUAACAGAAUUAAUCAAAGAACUAAAAAUAAAGAAGGAGUAG